AUGUCGAAUACUGUUCGAAGUGUAACAAAUGUAACGUACGAUCUUGACACAAAGAAUUCACAAACUUAUCGUCAUGGAUCAGUUUCUUGUUCGCCUGCUAAGAAGCGUAAGCGACGCCCUUAUGAUGAAAGUUGUGAUAGAAGUUCAUUUAUUCAUUUCCGACGUUUUGAUUACGUUCAUGCUCCACCACUAUUGACGGCAAUUCGUGCAUCAGAAGCUCAUAAUUUGCCACGAUAUAUUCCUGAAGGAAAUAAACAGGACUUCAUGCGUUGGUCAGAUUCUGACGGAGAACUUGUUUUGCACAAAAUCAGAGACGUUGCAUCCGCUCUCACGUCGGCUCCGCUCGGGUGCACAUACGACUCCUCACUGGAUACAUUCGUCUUUACUCUUGACGACAGUAUACUUUUUGCAUCCAGUCAUGGAGAAGUGUUGAGCGAUCUAACGAUUAGAGGUUUUCAAAAACCAUCUGCUAUUUGCAUCAUUCAACCAGGAGCCGCGAUGGCUAUCUUGGAUCACUCCAAGCUCUACCUGUAUGAAGCAGAAUUACGUCGCCUUAGUGUGAUUGCUAGUGAUCUUAAUGGACGUCAUCGUGGCGCGAACACGCUGACUUGCAUGGAAUUUACUGGAAAUCGUUUUGAGAAGGUUUACAGUCGGUAUAAGCAGCUGUUGCCUGUGAAUAGUAGCACCAUUGCACAUGAGCGGUUUAUGUUCAUGAGCGGGAUUCGUUGCGAUGGUUCCGGUCACCUGUUCAUUGCCGAUGCCAAAGCUCGUACGUUAAAGGGUGCCUUUGAGGGCGGAUCUAUUAACGGUGUUGUUUUCCUUGAUAUUAUGAAUGAGCGCGGUGUCAAAAUUCAACUGCAUGCCGCGAAAGAAGAUUGCAUAGAUCAGAGAGCUUUAUCUGUUAUGGUUAUUGCUUAUGGACAAAUGUUUGCGGAAUGCCUGUGUAUUUUUAUUAGAUUUGACACUACUGAUGUUAUGCAACUGUAG